AUGGCUAUGCUUUCUCUCGAAGCAGCGACCGGACCCUUUUUUGGGGGCGCUAGAUCGACCACGAGGUACGUCAGAUCUGGCAGUGCCGUCCUCUUGGUAGGCUACAAGGGGCCCUGCCCACCUAAUUUACUAGACAUCGCGACACGAGCUCUCGUGGUUACUCUUAAGGCACCCUGCAGUGGCAAAACCUCUACUGAGGUUGCCGGCCUGGCUGGAAUAUCUAGCCGUCAGGUUGAUCGAAUCUAUGCCCGAGCGAUCAAGCGAGGCUUUGACCCAAAUCUUCGACCAAUCAUUAUCAAGGAUGCCUAUCUUGAAGAUGCCCCACGAAGUGGCCGGCCGAGCAAACAAACAGCAGAGAACCAGGAGGCUAUCUUGAAGAAGAUUAAGCUAGAUAGGGCCAACUGUGUGGCGUAUCUUAAAGAAGGCAGGCUUCCGGAAGACGAAGCCGACGAGGAAGCCUGGUCUGACACAGAAGAUGAGGGAUGA